AUGAAUGAAGAGUAUUUGGAAUAUAAUGCUACCGGUGUUUUCGACAAAUACCAAAGGUCCAAAUAUUUUGAAAUCAUCAUAUUCAUCAUCUGUUCUAUUGGAGUCCCCUUAAACGGAAUUGUUAUCUGGCUACUUGGAUUCCAAAUUAAGAGAAACCCUUUCACCAUAAUGAUUCUUAAUUUAGCAAUUGCUGACUUUGGGUUUCUCGCAAUUUGGGAAAUAGUUUGCAGUUGUUCUUUUAUACAAUUUAUACAUUUUAUACCAUUUGGAAUUCCCUUUAUAAUCCUCAAUUAUCUUUCCUACACCUUGUAUAUCAAUGGUCUCUUUCUUCUGACAGCCAUCAGCAUCGACCGGUGUGUGGCUGUCCUCUUCCCAAUCUGGCAUCGCUGUUCCCGGCCAAAACAUUUGUCCCCUGUUGUGUGUAUUCCGCUGAAUGUGUACAUAUCUUUGGGUGGUUCCCUAAACAGCAGUGUUAACCCAAUAAUCUAUUAUCUAGUUGGGAGAAAGAAACGAGCUCAGACCAGGGAGAGCAUCAAAGUCGUUUUUGAAAGAGUCUUCAAGGAAGAUGAAGCUCCUGAAAGCACAGAAAAAUCUACAAAUAGAGUUUCAACCCCUCUGUAAAAAUGUAAUUUUAACUUGUCCCUAAUCUUGGAUAUUGCUUGACUACAAAAAUGUGUCUCUUGCUACAAAAAUAAAAUAUGAACUUAUUUUGUUUCCCUCGGAAAAGUAUGUUGUCAGCGUUCAUCUUGAAGACUGGGGAAAGAUGUGGAAAGCAAGGAUGUUCCCUCCACUCCUAUAAACUAACU